AUGCCCGAAUUUUUGCCAGAGCAGAUUUCAAGCGCAAGUGAAAGAGUUGUCUCCGUGGCUGGCAUCUCAAACUCCUGCAAGAUGGAUUUGGAACCAGCCCCAAAAGGAGAGGAUUCGCUCAAGGCCCCCGUGGUCGGAGUGGAGAGCGUGGAUAUAGAAGAACAGUACAACAUGGAGGAUAACGCGCCGGACCUCGCCCUGGAUCCGAUCUCGUCUGGUUUUGAGUCAGACAGUGACGAUUCUGAUGGAUGGGAUAAUCUGUCUGACUGCGAUGAGGCUAUUCAGUUCCUGCGCGAUGAUGAGAUCCGUGACGGCCUCGUUCCCGGCGCCUGUACCAUAGAGGAGGCGACUACAUACAGACAGCGUCUACAUGCGAUUGGCAAGGCGGCAUUCGUGGAAGAGACCAUCCUUCGCAAAACCGUCACGGCCAAAAAGCUAUGCACAGCGUUUGGGAUCGCCCCCCCGGCAUUCCUUGACGGUGCGCCCGAUGCAGCCUAUCAUGCUCUUCUGGCGAUCGCGAUCUCGCGCGAGUUCUCUCGGAGGCCCAAGCUGCCCCAGUACAACUCCAUCGAUGACGCUGUUCGGCUCCUUCGCGAGUCGAAGAACAUCAUCGUUCUCACAGGUGCAGGUAUCUCAACGAGUCUAGGCAUCCCCGAUUUCCGUUCUAAAGAUACCGGGCUCUAUUCAAAACUGGCGCAUCUGGGCCUGAGUGAUCCUCAGGAAGUCUUUGAUAUCCAUGUCUUUAGGGAGGAUCCGAGCAUUUUCUUCUCCAUUGCGAAGGAUAUUCUCCCGACGGAAAAGAAGUGGUCGCCGACCCAUGGGUUCAUUCGACUUCUUCAAGACAAGGGAAAGCUGUUGACUAACUACACGCAGAAUAUCGAUAACAUUGAAGCAAACGCAGGAGUACUUCCCGAGAAAAUUUUACAGUGCCAUGGAUCCUUUGCGAGUGCUACCUGCGUAAAGUGUCAGUACAAAGUCAAGGGUGAUGCGAUCUUUGGUGAAAUUAGGGAGGGGAAGAUCCCCCACUGUACUGCCUGCAAGGAGAAGAUUGCAGAAGAUGAGCUAAAACCGCAAGGUCUCAAGCGCAAGCGAAGUUCGAGUGGUCAACAAAAAGACCGCAAGGUCUCUGAUGAGAGUUCGGAUGAAGACGACUAUGAACUCCCGACUCCUGGAGUGAUGAAGCCUGAUAUCACGUUCUUUGGCGAGGAUCUACCCGAUGAGUUUGGCGAACGCCUAAUUCACCAAGAUCGUGACUUGGCAGACCUCGUCAUUGUAAUCGGAACAUCGUUGAAGGUUGCCCCCGUGGCAGAAGUGCCUGGAAUCUUACCACGCAACGUCCCCCAGAUUUACAUAUCGCGCACUCCGGUAUCACAUAUCGAGUUCGAUAUUGAUCUCUUGGGAGACUGCGAUGUGGUCGUAUCGGAACUUUCUCGUCGGGCCGGUUGGGAUCUGAAGCAUCAUAUGAUCCCAGACGAUGAGAAAGUGGAUAUCACUACAGUGGAGGGAUAUGAUUCACGACAUGUUUUCAAGGUAGUCGGUGCAUAG